AUGAAGGAAGUGGCGGAUGGUUGCUUCCAACAGCUCUUCGGCGAGAUCGUGCGAUCCAUGGUGGAGGGCGCCGCGGCGACUACGCCGACCGCAGAGGAGGAGGCAGCUCACCGCGAGGCCGUCAUCAUCAAGCUAGAGGCCAUGGGCUAUGACGUGGGAUGCCGCUUUGCUGAGCGCUCAGCCAGAGACCGACCGCGCAUGCUGGAGCCACUGGAUGUGAUUAAAUUCGUGUGCAAGGACUUCUGGAUCGCCAUCUUUAAGAAACAGAUCGACAAAUUGCAGACCAACCACCGUGGAGUCUUCGUGGUGCAAGACUUCAGUUUCCGCUGGCUGGCGGGGAUCUCGGCCGCCACAGAUCAGGAGACAAGGGAGAUGGCGUUGCUGUUUCUGGUGUUCCCUUGCGGAUUGAUCCGAGGUGCACUCGCCAAUCUCGGACUCACUGCCAUCGUCAAUGCCGACGUCCCCGACGUCCGCGCGCUUCCUGGAUGUUUAUUUAACAUAAAGAUUAAGCAGGGGUGA